UGGUGGAUGGUGGAAUGCAGGUACAGGCCUUCACACGCCUCCGUCUGCGGUCAUGAAGAAACAGCAGCAGAAGCUGAAGCUGAAGCAGAGUCCGAGUGACGGCCAACGCACAGGACAUGAGAGGAUACAGAGGAAUCAAAUACACACUGUUCAUCUGCUGUUAUGUCUUCUGGGUUGUGAGCGCCGGCCUCAUAGCAGUCGGCAUCUACGCCAAAAUCGCCAAAGAGAAAGAUGUGGUGGACACUCUGACCGUGGAUCCGGCUCUUCUGCUGAUCGUCGUCGGUUCAGUGACGUUCCUCAUCACAUUCCUCGGAUGUUUCGGAGCGCUGCGCAACGCCACCUGCCUGCUGAAGACGUUUCUGGCGAUCCUGGUGGCCAUCGUUCUCCUGCAGAUUGCAGCAGGAGUCGUUGGAUACCUGUUCACUGACAUGGUGAUGGAGAGGACGGAGCAGCUGAUGAUGAAGGCCAUUGUCCGCUACAGGGAAGACCCAGACCUGGAAAACGCCAUUGACUUCAUCCAGAAGAAGUUCCAGUGCUGUGGAGUUGAGAGCUAUAAGGACUGGUCCCAGAACGUUUACUUUGAGUGUUCGGAUACUAACCCCAGCCUGGAGGCCUGUGGAGUCCCAUUCUCCUGCUGCGUCAACCUGCAGAACCAGACGGUGCUGGACACCAUGUGUGGGUAUGGAGUUCAGGAGCUGGAGGAGACCUCGGCCGCUGAGGACGUCUACACCAUGGGCUGUCUGGAGAAAACCAUCUGGUGGGUGAAGAACAACCUCCUGCUGGUGGGUGGACUGAGCACCGGGCUGCUGCUGCUGGAGGUCUGUAUGAUCGGUCUGGCUGCCGCUCAGAUCUCCUGGAUUAAAAAAGUCCAAAAACGAGAGAGAGAAAACUCAGUGCGGAGUCAGUGGGAGAGGAAGGACAGCUACUGGUUUCCCGCCUUCGCCGACUUCGAUGACGAAUGAAACGUCUUAGUGAUGAUCUGAGCUGCUGGAACCCAGCUGUGGUGGAUUCAUGUUUAAAAAAAGACCUGAAUAACGACGCUCUAACACUGUGAAUUUACAGCUGAAAGAUUUUAACGUGAGUUUUAUCAGGUGAACAGUUUCAACCACAGCAGACGACUUAUUCUACCUCAUUUUAUGCUGCAAAAACACAAAUGCAAAAAAAUGUGAAAUUGACACAAAUACAUGAUGCAUUGCCAUAGAUCUAUAUUUUAAAUUCUAAACACCGUCUCUUUUUCGGUCAUGUUCUUUCAUUUUCAUCUAGUUGCAUCUUCGGUCAUUUUUCGUUCAUUUGAUCAGCACUUAGAAACACCUCUAUCAGACACUUUGCUUCUGUUUUAAUAUGGAAAAUGAACUCGCACAUAUUUUAUAUAUACAUUUUCUUUCUUUUCUGCCGUUUGGUGACUGCUCAGUCGGACUAAAAUAACAGCUUUGCGACACAUUUUGGUUCCUAACCCUAAACUCCGGAGAUUAAACAGUUAAAUUAAAUUUUAAGUUUACAUUUUAUCACUUAAAUACAACUUGGUGUCUCUUAAAAAACAAUUAAAUUUCUCAAUAGCUGCACAUUUCAGAUACAGUAUUUAUUGUUAUUACCUUUCAAAAUAAAAGCUUUUAAUACAUAUAAUGUAUAACUUAACAUAAGUCACCUUUCCAUCGGACAUCUGCGCAAAACUUUACCGAUAGUUACUAAAUGUCAAAAAAACAGAAGUGCAUUAUGUCGUUUUUUCCAUUAAAUCAUAAAUGCGAUUUGUUUAUUUAUUAUCGCAAGAUGA